UGCUUUUUUUUUGCAAAAGAGACCCCACAGUUACUUCGCAUCACGUUCUGCUCUGCCUUUUUCCUUCCUUACCCACGCCGCGUGCGCCACCGUCGCGUCCCAGCACUACCGUCCACCCGAACGGCGGAGACGAGGCGAUGCCAUCGGAGGCGGGCGCGGGGGACGAGGAGUUGGAAUCGCUGCUCCGAAACUUCCACCGCGUCUCCCAGGAAUAGGAUAGUCCAUCAGGCAGGAGAAAUUGCAUAAUCUCUGCUCGGAUGCUCAAGCUUUUUUCGAAGAAAAAUGGGUAUAAAGAUGCACUUAUGGAGGUCCAGGCUUUAAGAGUGAACUACAGUACUGAAUCCAAGAAGCGAGAAGUCCUUGAGUCACGUAUUACAGAUCUGCAGAGAGAUAAUGAACGAUUAAGAAGACUGUACACUGAAACUUUGUUCAAGUUCACCAACCAGGUGAAAUUUCACGCAGAAUCUCAAAGCCUGAAGGAAGAACUGGAAAAGGCAAAUAGCAGAUUGCUAUCCAUGGAAGAGUAUCAUAAGAAGGAAAUCGAGCAGCUUAAGCACAGCAAUGAAAUGAACAGCAAUGCGCUGGAGAGUGAGCUCAGCCGUGCUCUUGUUCAGCAAGCAACAGAUGAAGCUGCGAUGAAGCAACUGAAGUUGGAGCUGAGUGCUCAUAGAGCUCACAUUGACAUGUUAAGUAGCAGGUUGGAGCAGGUUACUGCUGAUGUGCAUUCGCAGUAUAAAAAUGAGAUCCAGGAUUUGAGGGAUGUAAUUGCUGUUGAACAGGAGGAGAAAAAGGGCAUGCUCAGGAAGCUUCAGAAUGCAGAAAAUGAGUUGAGGAUUAUGAGGAUGAAACAGGCAGAGCAGCAUAGGGAUUCCGUCUCCGUCCAGCACGUAGAAACGCUGAAGCAGAAGGUCAUGAAGCUCCGGAAGGAGAACGAGUCCCUGAAGAGGAGGCUGGCGAGCUCUGAACUGGACUGCUCAUGAAAAGUGAAAACUGGGGCCGCUCGCGCAGCACAGGAGUCAGCACCGUAGUUUUUGUCCCGAUGUGCAUACCAUCAUACUAAAAGAUGUCAGACUUAGGCAGCUAGACUGCUGAGAUGCAUGCACGGAACAAAAGUAUGAAUACCAUGCAGCGUUCUUGUUUUCUUUUCCAUUUUUGUAGCCUAUGGAUGAACGUACAUCGUCUCACUGUUUCAUAGUUCAUAUUGUAAUGUUCACAGAAUUUGUUGUUGUUGUGUUUUCCUAUCAUUUUUCUUAUAUAAAAACUGGUAGUGCUCUUUGCAGAGGAUCA